CAUGAUUCACCUGAACGGCACCGCACGUCUGAAUCGAGAGAACACUCCUUUGAUGCCCUUCGCCUUCGAAUGCGACCUUCCGACCAUGAGAUAAAGACGACAAUUCCGCCUUUUGACAGCCUCGAAAGAGCUCGCGCGUCACCCCUCCGUCAGCAUGGCAGCUGCUGCUCCAACAGCAGCUCAGACUGAGCUUAUAAAUUCACUCAACCAAGAUGAGAUUCCAAUUAAGCUUCGAUGUGCCAUCUGCAGCAAGCUUGCUGUAAAUGCGUUCCGAUUGCCUUGUUGCGAUCAAGCAAUCUGCGAGACUUGCCAGUCGACUCUCCCUUCCUCCUGCCCGGUCUGCGAACACACUCCUGUUGCGGCAGCCGACUGCAAGCCCAAUAAAUCCUUGCGCACCACCAUCAAGGUCUUUCUCCGUACCGAAGAGAAGAAGCGCGAAGCCCUGCGCCUGAAAGAACAGAAGAACUCGCCUCCUGCUACACCACCGGCUUCAGGGGAUACUGUAGCGCCAGUUGAGCCAGUUGUUGAACAGCCAAGUAAGGAGGUUGAGUCUGCGGAGGAUGUGAAGACUGAGGAGACCCCUGUGGCACAGUUGGACGAGACUCCUGCUACUACCGAAGAAUCGGAGCAGCCGACUAGAGACCAACAGGAUGUUCCUCAGCCGUCAAUUGAGGAGAUUGCCCCAGGCCAAGAGCCUAUCGCUGACUCCGAUACCAACAAGGCGGUUGAAACUCCUUUUCAAAAUGAAGAGGGCAAGACGGACGAAGAAAACACAGGCGGACAAGCUAUCUCACAGACUCCUGGAUUUGGAAAUGGUUUCGGUUUCGACCCGUCCGCAGCAGGAGGAUUCCCUGCAAUGGGAUUUGGUGGGGACUUCAACCAGAUGCAGAUGAUGAUGGCUAUGCAAAAUGGCAUGGCUCCUGGCGGAUUCAAUAACUUCCCGAUGAUAGGAAUGCCAGGCAUGCCACCAAUGGGCAUGGAUCCUAUGUCGAUGCAGUUCAUGAAUGGCGGGUUUGGAGGAGGGAUGAACGGGAUGGGAAUGGGUUUCGAUGGAGGUGCUGGAGCAGGCUUUGGUGGCGGUUGGAACAAUCAACAAGGUUGGAAUGUUCGUGAUAAUUUCAACGCGUCAAAUGUUGGCAACUUGGGUCAAAGUGAUUUUGCAUCGAGUAACUCUGGAUAUGGUCCCCAGUCUGGAUACAAUUCAGGUAAUUAUGGUGGCUCAAACCAGUUCCAUAACCAUCAGAACAACUUCGGGUCUUUCCGAGGUCGAGGCAGAGGCCGUGGCGGAUUCUCUCGAGGAGGUGGCUAUGGCUAUGGCUCUCAUGAUGCAUUCUCACAGCAGUUGCCGCAACAAUUUGGUUCUGGCCACCAACCCAGUGGCGCCCCUAAUGAAACAGGAUCUGUACCAACCGGACCGAAGACAGAUAACGGAGAUGUCGAUGAAUUUGGUAGAGAGAUACGCCAGAAGUCAGCAACAGCAGAACAAACUCCGAAACCUGUCGAUGACGAAAGUACAGCUCAACAGCCAGGGACUGCACCAGCAGAUGGCCCAGGACCCGAAGUGACCUCAGAAGUAGCCCCAGCCGAAUCGACUGAGGCUCCUGAGCGCUCUGAACCAAUGCCAAUACAGACCUUGGACGACGUAACAUCUUACCCGUAUCCCGGUACCGGUGAUGUAUACAACGUAAAUGCUUACGGAGGAGGAUAUCAAGAUCAUUCGUAUGGCGGCAGGGGUGGCAAUUUUCUCCCUAUGCAUCCUCCAAUUGUGAAGCCUGUCGAUGUUCCCAUCAACGCUCCCACAGGGCCAAAGGCCAUGCGAGAAGGUUUGCCCAAUACAGGCCUUUCUGGUUUAAGAACACAAGGCUUUUCAAUUGCUGGCCGAGCGAACUCGAGGCCGAGUGGCAGCGUAAGUGCAAGUGUUGCCCCUGACGCAACCGAGAAGGAAGGUAGAGACCGGGAGAGAAGCAGCAGAUCACCUUCAAGAGAACGGUCAAGAUCCCAUGACAGGAAGAGAUCACGUAGUAGAGACAGAUCCAGAAGACACAGACAUCGUUCAACAUCCCUCAGCGAAGACGAGAAGGAAACAGAGAGACGACGAGAACGUCGAAGAGAGCGCCGUCGACGUAGAGAGGAAGAGGAUGCAGUGGCCGAGGAAGCAGCCGGGGGGAGACUCGAAGACGGAAAAGGUGAUGUUGUUGAAGAUAGAUCUAGGUCAGCAUCACCAUCCGACUCGAAACGCACCAGUCACCGAAGUCGACGAGACAGAGAUAAAUAUCGCGAGCGUGAGAGUGAGAGGGACCACAAAUCCUCCUCAUCUUACAAGCAUCGUUCGUCACACCGCUCAUCCCGCCACGAGGAGAAAGAUCGGUCAAGAUCCCGAGACAGGGGCUCAGAACGGGAGCGGGAGCGAGGGCACAGACACCGGCAUCACAGCCACAGCCGUCGCCAAUCCGAAGAGCCUCUUUCUAAAUCCGACGUCGACUCAUCCUCCCACCAAACACCUAUAGAGCCCGAAUCCAGCUCUCGAAGGCCUUCAACACUUGGAAACGGCAUUGAAAUCAAAGGAGCUAGCUCCCGCCACAAGAGCGCUAUCGAUCACCUCCCUACCCUCCCAACCGGCCCACGCUCAGAACGUAUCACAUCCUCAACAAGAGACCGUGAUCGUGAUCGUGAGCGUGACUACGAGAAGCCACGAGAGAAAGACAGAGACAAAUCAAGCCGUCACCACCGCGAUGAGGACCACCGCUCCUCUCGCCACGACUCAUCCCGUCGCGACAAAGACCGGGAAUCUACCUCCGCCUCUACCUCGACCAAAACCAAGGCCCUCCCUACACCACCAUCCAAAGACCCCCAUGAAAUCGAACGCGAAGCCAGAAAUCGCGAGAGGUUGCUGAAGGAAGCUCAGCGUAUGGCUGGUCUAAGUGGCGGUCUGGCACGCAAGAGAAGCAGAGACGAGGGAGACGAGGGAGUGGAGAAUAGAGGAAGCAGUGGGAAGAAGGGCAGGAAGAAUCGUAGGGGCACGGGGCUUGGUGAUGAGAGUGAGGAGUCGAGAAUUGCGCGCUUGGAGGCGGAGAGGGAGAGUGCGAGAUGGGGCUAAGCCUAAUUAUAUUCUGCAUUUGGGGCUUUAUGGGCUGUGCUGAGGAUCUCUGAUCUCCACUUGCUCGCUGAGGAUGUAGCGGCAGAGAGGGUAAAAUAUGUGCGAUAGAUAGAUGUUGUCACUGAAUUUCAGUAAUUGCAGUGGCUUGGGCUUACCUGCCCCCUUUUAAUGUAUGCGCUUGCGGAUUGUCCUGGACUGAACUGGACUGGCAGAACUGCAAAAGCGCUCAUCUUGCAUAUCGCGUCUUCAUAAUAGAAACUGAAAAGGAGAACACCACUUGUAC